AUGAUACCAGCUCUCCUCCGCCUCGUGACAAGUAGGUUUUGGAAAGAGUUGCGCCUUUGUGAGAUUCAUCAGGAAGAGGCGUCCCCAUCUAUUUGCCGUUACCCCAUUCCCUACAAGAAGGACUUGCCUUUUGACAUUGUAGAGCUUAUGGAAGAGAUAGAAAAGAAGGCAGGAUUUCUACCAAACCUAUUUAAAGUGUUGUCUUACCGGCCACUGGAAUUUAGAGCCUUCUUUUCUUAUUACAAUGCCAUCUGCAACAAAGAAACAGGCCACCUCAGCAGAGCUGACAAGGAGCUCAUCAUUUUGGUGACCAGCAUAGCCAACAGGUGUCUAUACAGUGUGGUGGUCCACAGUGCCCUGUACCGGGUCUACUCGAAGAACCCAGUGCUCUCUGACCAGGUCUGUGUGGAUUGGAGGAAGUCCGACCUCCCUGCUCGGGACAAGGCGAUGCUGGAGUUUGCACUUGCUGUCUCCCAAGCUGACGACAUAACAGACGAGCAUUUCAAAAAGCUUGAGGGGCAUGGCUUUGACCGAGACGAUGCCUGGGACAUAGCUGCCAUUGCAGCUUUUUAUGCCAUGUCCAACCGCCUUGCUCAUUUUGUCAGUCUUGUUCCCAACAAACAAUUCUAUUUGUUAGGCAGAUCUAGUCAUAUCCCAGACUCCAAGAGUGAACCUGCUGCCCCCAGAGUCUAA